UGACCGCAUGUAGAAGAUAUUUCUUCUCAAACAGAUAGCUGGCUCGAUCAUUACCGAAAUAUCAGACAAAAUAGGUGAUAUGACACUUCAUCCAACGGUCUGCAUUGGCUUCGAAGGCAACAACUUAAAAGGCGCUGUGUUUUACUUGCGAACUUUAACCACUGUAGUCUGAAUGAUCAGAGGAUUGCCGUUAUCUUCUGUACGAUACAUGUAGAACGAAAGUCAGCCCGCUAAGGGAAGUGUGCGUCCGCGGACUUUUACGCCAGCCGAUAUUCGCUGACUUUGGAACGCUUCCUAUUCAUUGCUUAACUAAGCACGGUGAUACGAUGACGGGAUACCAGUUUAAAAUAUGUGACACCUUAAACGAUUCGAAUGCCACCACCGUACCCGAUAGAAGAUGCAACAUAGGACAAGGGAUUUAAUCCUGCCUAUCUGCCAUCACGGAUCCAUUAUGUUAGGUCACCGUAACCAAGGCUUCGAGUCAAUGCCACCUCGAGUUUGUCUGUUCGUUAUCUGCAUGAUUGUACCGCUGCUAGUUCAAAGAGCCGAGACGCAAUUUCGACCUCGGGGGCCGUUCCUGUCAGAACCCCAAUUCGAACAAGGAUAUUAUUCGUUUAUAAAGGCUAAAGAUCACGAGCACCCUCCAAAGGUCCGCAAACCCCCGUACCAUCGAGCUAGUUUUCGAUGCAGUGAGAGACUUGUUGACGGCAAAUUAUCUCCUAGAGACACGCUCUGCGGCGAUCUUAACAAAGGUGUCAUACCCAUUAAUCCAAUGGGUCAACGACCAAUCAACGAUCCUUAUCCCUUAUUCAUCUCUAGUAACUCGCAAACGUUCGUUCUUUCAUUUUGCAGCCUGUGUUCCGUGAUGAGUCAACUACAGCGACAGCGAUCUGGGUCUUCCGCGGCGAUGCUGAACGCCCUGUCGGGCUUGCUUAAUCUUGCGGCAACGCCACAAAUCUCCAAUAAGCAGGUACAAAAUCCGGAACCAUCAAGCGGCAGUCCAUCGACAACUACCAACCUUCUAAAUGUACUAAGUUAUGCGGGCGACAUUUUGAACGCAGUCAACCAUGAUUCAACAACGGCCGCGCCUGUCGUCACAAGGUCUCCGUUGAGCCAAGUGCUCUCAGCGCUCACAGGUGCGAGCGGAGCGAGCUCGGCAAACCCCUCACCAAUUGUUCAGGUCCUCGAUUUCAUGACAUCCGAAUCUUCACCAGUAAAACUUCUUGCCAAUAUGUAUACCAACAGUAACCGCUAUAAAAAGCAAUCCGAUGAGUCUAUUGAGAAGGUGUACGUUAAGGGUGACAAGCCUGAGCAGGCUUCUCGUAGCGGAAGUUCUCUGCCACCGACGCCCUGUCCGUCGAUGGAGGAAUACGUUACCCCAGUAUACGCCCGAAACUAUCAGGGCGUAUGGAAAUACGUGGUCCAAAUUCCGCAAGAAGGAUACCUAACACAAACUAUCCAGCAAACAACCUGCAUGUCCCAGACAUGUGAUUUUGUUGAGAACGGCUUAUGUCAUGAAAGCCCACGUUGGGUUUCACUUCUCGUAGCUGAAAUUUUCUACCCUGACGCUGUAGUACCGCCUGCGCCCUCCGGCGGUGGACAGGGCCUUCCACCUUACAGCAGUCUGAAAACUGGGCCUCCUAGGCCACCACCUCACCUGCCCCCUCACCAUCCUUCAUUCGCACAAUCGUUCAAUCAACUUUCACGAGUUCCUACACUAUUUGAGAAAUCCAUUCCAGGCCCGCAACCAGCGCCUAGCAGAUUAUACCCUGUGUACCAGAAGCCGGUAUCAGCUGCCGAUUGGUUUCAAAGGCCACCGCCUGUUGAGGACUUUCAUAACUUCCAGCAGUAUCUACAAAGGAGAGUAACCCACAGCCACGGUUUCCGCCUCCGAAAAAGCAAGCGCGACGUACAUGACGCCGAUGAUGAGGAAUCUGUUCAAAGGAAGAGUUUUUCUCAGCCGCCCACGCCUAAAUCGAAACUGUCGAAGAAGGCCUUAAAAUGUGACGGAUACGAUAAUGUCGGUUGCUUUAUAGUGAGAAUGUAUUAUGACUGGUUUCUUGUUAACGGAUCCUGUAAGUGCUGGAAGCCCAACGGGAAAACACAGGUUAAACAUCUAUUUGGAGGCAAAAGAUGAGCCAACGGUCAACGCCUACGAACUUCACGAUAAACCCCACGCUGUUCGGUCUAUUUCAUUUAAAUUCGCAGCCUGAAGACAGAGCUUAUGAUAUGAACGACACUUUUCAAAGAUUCGUGGGCCGCAUGGAAAAAUGCAUGCACCGAUGUCUAUGAACAAAUAAUUGCCGUAUCGUGGCCGUUUUCCUGCCAGGACAUACGGAUACGAAGGAAACGCCAACGUCAACAUCGGCGCAUAGCAUUGAAUGCGUCGGUCACCAUAAUUGACUUCUCGUCGAUUUUAUAAUUGCUCUCAAUCAGCGAAAAUAUAGACGAACCUGACUGGCUUGAACGAUAGCACAGCGGAUCGUCGGCAUAACCACGAAAUCCUUAUAUCCGCGGCAUGUUGAUAACGUGUCUAUAAGAAAUUUCAGUACAACUUAGUGCUUAGCUAAUAAGUUCAUUCCAGCAAUUCCAUACUUACUUAGUAAGCGCAGUAUUUAAUCGAUAAAUGCGUUAAAUCGUAGUAGACUGUUCCUCCUCGUUAAGCCACCCUUCCGAACAAAUAUUAGAACCGGGAGAUAGAAUUUCGAACACAAUAUCAUAAUGUUAGAUAGGUGAAUCAAUCAUUUCUAUACGUAAUACUGCUGGACCGGUUGCGCCAGCGGUCGCAGGACUGAUCGAAGAUUGAAGUCGAACUUGAGUUCAACGUGAUACUAACGGUGGAAUUGUAUCUAACGCAUUGUUGUAAUUUCUAUUAUAUCGCAAACGUUAUGUCACGAAUAUUUUGUAACGGCGAAAGUAAUUUCAUAAUUAUUUGUACAAACAUAUGCGUGAACGCGCCAAACAUGACUGUGAGACGAUAGCGAUAAUUCUAUAUUUUGUAGACACCAUUAUAAUUUGACUCUAGGCCAAGAGGCCGUUUGUACAUAGAUCAUUCAGACGAGAUAGAUUACAGUGGACUAGCUAGGUAUCUACGUAUAACUGCUGCUAUUCGUUUCAACUUACGCGAUAUGGAACCUCAAAGAAUACUAACGUGCUUUCGAAAUGAAUAACCUCUGAAAGGUAGGCAUAACUUCCCAGCAGUUUCUCAACCUCAUGGAACUCGAAUUGAAGUAAAAAUAGUAGCUCGCAAGUUAACAUACACAUAACGUCGAAGGAUCAAUUUAGCCCGCUUUAUAUACCCAUUUUUUGAAGCAGUUACCGUGCAGUGUUUUUAUGAGGAGUUUUUUUUAUUUAAAAAAAAAAAAAAAAGUAAUUUAUUUCAU